AUGAGCGGGACUCACAUCCGAGAGCUGCGGGCGCCGUCGCGGCAGUCGUGCUGCCAUCGCAGCUGGCCGGCCGUUUUCCUCAUCAUGUCGCUCAUCGUCGUCGUGCUCACCUUCGUGUGCGUCAUCCUGUACUUCCUCAGGUCCGACGUCACCCCAAGCACCGGGUUCCUGGGGGUGUACUGCCUCAUCUUCAGCCUGCUCGGCCUCUCUGCGGAGGUGCUGCAGUUUUCAUCGCUCAACGGGGCCCUCUUUAUAUGGAUGAGGUACUUCCACGUUCUCGUCUACUACCGCCCGCGCGGCAUCUUUUACAUCCUGUUCGGCGUCCUGCUGCUCGGCACCACCAUUAUCGAGAUCGUCGCCGGCUCCGUGGCCAUCGCGCUUGGUGCGUUGAUGCUGCUGAUCGGCCUGGUGGCAGGUAUACCCGAGUUCGAGGAGGUAUCGGAGGAGGAGCACCAUCGGCACCACGGCGGCCACACAUCGAGCGCGGUGGUGCGAACGACCUCCCCGGGCACCAGGAACAGCUCGAAGACCAAAGCCUCCGCCACACCGGCCAGCUCCAAGUCACACCGUGAGCCCAAGGUCUGA